UUAUUUGUAAAUCAUUCACAAUUGACCUAUGAGACAUUACGGUUUGACCCUCUGGAGCACGGCCAGUGCAGCCGACUGCCAGAUCUACACAUCACCUUAUAUCAUACAUAACGACUCAUUAUUAUUUGUAGAUAGUAAGAAUUUACCCACGACAUCACGGUUUUGAUGCUCUCGAACCUAGUCUACGAGUAUUUUCUCAACAUUGUACAUAGUGCCGCAUUCAUGACAACUCGGAACUUUCCGACAUGGAAUCUUGUUAUAUAAAGUUCAUGCUCCGAGUUUCUCCACUUGUAAUUUAUCAGAAUCAACUAAAAGGAAGCUCUACAAAAAACGUACGCAAAUGUUAACUCGGGGAUUCCGAGUUUCCGACUUGUCUGGAACGCGGCAUAGUAGCUUCUCCACGUCUCACACUGCUGGCCUUGCUGCCACACACUGCCGCCGGUGACUCCGAAGUGGAAGAUGGCUGCGGUGGAGCGUCCCCCAGUCAAGGAAGGGGUCCGGAUAGCUUUACUCUGUUUCUGUUGGUAUACUGUUAGUUCGGGAGGCAACGUAGUUAACAAAAUUAUUCUAAAUGGGUUCCCUUAUCCUGUCACAGUUUCGCUUUUUCAUAUAUUCUCAAUCGUCGUCUUCCUUCCACCGUUGCUGCGAGCAUGGGGAGUCCCCAAAACAGAAAUACCAACUAGAUACUUCAAAUGGUAUAUUAUCCCUUUAGCUUUUGGAAAAUACUUCGCAUCUGUGUCGGCCCACUUCAGUAUAUGGAAGGUACCGGUUUCCUACGCACACACUGUCAAAGCCACAAUGCCAAUAUGGGUUGUGUUGUUAUCAAGGAUUAUCAUGAAGGAGAAGCAAACAACAAAAGUGUACGUAUCUCUCAUCCCCAUCAUCGGAGGAGUGCUUCUGGCCACGAUGACAGAAAUGUCCUUUGAUGUAUCUGGGUUAGUCAGUGCCCUGGCUGCCACACUCUGCUUCUCUCUGCAAAACAUCUUCUCCAAAAAGGUGCUGCGGGACACGAGGAUCCACCACCUGAGACUUCUCAACAUACUGGGCUUCAAUGCUGUUUUCUUCAUGGUGCCUACAUGGGUUCUGGUGGACCUCUCCUCAUUUUUGGUUGAGGGGGAUUUUACGGGCAUGUCUGAAUGGACAGGCACCUUUCUCCUCCUCCUGGUCAGCGGCUUCUGUAACUUUGCCCAGAAUGUCAUCGCCUUCAGUGUCCUCAACCUGAUCAGCCCGCUGAGCUACGCCGUGGCCAACGCCACCAAGAGGAUCAUGGUCAUCAGUAUAUCGCUCCUAAUGCUACGCAACCCCGUCAGCUCCACCAACAUCAUGGGCAUGAUGACGGCAAUAGUGGGCGUCUUCCUGUACAACAAGGCGAAAUAUGACGCAAACAAGGAAGCUAAGAAAAAGCUGCUGCCUUCCUCCAAGCAGGACAUGAUGUCCUUUGACAAUUUGGGACUGGACAAGACACAGCCCAAUGGUUCAGUGCCUUUCUCCCAAGGUUCAGACAUUCAGUAUGGUCGAAGCAACGUGUUGACCGACCACUUCCAGUACAGCCGGCAGGCCUACACAAUGAACUAUGGUGCCUCCAACCACCAGUAUGUGGUUUAGGCUGGUGGAUUUCUCCAUUGGACAUAUUGUAUUUGUUUCCAGCAGAAUUCUUAAACCACCUCUAACAAAAAGAAAGGCAAGUGCUGUCGUAUUGGUGGAGAGGGAAGUAUCAGUCAUGAGUUGGCCAGCGUUUUGUCCCAAACAUGUUCUCUAACAUAUUCUCUUCACCUUGUGUUGUAUUUAUUUUGAUAUGAACACUUAAAGGGAUAGUUAAGUCAAAAUAAAAGUUUGUCAGAUGUUUUCAGACCCCAAAUGUUGUCCACUUCCAACCUUGUCCUUCGUCAACUGUUGCAGAUAGUGUCAAUAUUUCCAGUUAAUUUUGGAUUGAUGCAUACCACUGGAUCUACAAAACAGAUGGCUUGGAACAUGGACUCGUUUGACAAAUUUAGAUUUUGGAGUGAACUAUCUGUUUGUUUUUUGUUUGCUUGCUAAGGAAGGGAUGUUCUUAUUCUUUUUUUCUGUGGGCGUUCACUAACAUGGGAAUAAUUGUUACUGUAGCUACAAUAGCUUAGUUCAAAAAUAAAUAGUUAACAACCAUGAAAUGUUUACCAUGCCCAUAAUGCCUUGUGAAUCAGGCUUGUCCUCAAGGUUACAUUGACCCUAAUUUUAUCACAGAAGGUAUGCACAUUUUACAUAAAUGUUUUGCAGAGAUUGGCAACAUUUGUCCUAUACAUGUAAAACCGUUUGCCCUUAUGACAUUUUCUGGUUUGUCUUUAACUAGUGAUGGAGGAAUGAAAAUGUAUAUAAUCGGUUGUAGGUACAGAAAGGUUCCUGGUUUGAAUACCCAAUCCGAAAAGGGGAAAAAUAUGUCUGUGUCCUUGAACAAGGCCCUUGUCAGCCAUAGUAGUACCUCUGGAGGUUAAUGUGAAACGACACAUUUCACUGCUCUAUCCAGUGUGUGACAAAAACAUAUAUUAUUUUAAUUCAUUUUGUUCCAUAUUUACAUCGGUCAUUUAAUCAAUUCGUAUCUGAUCGGGUAAUAGCUGUGUAAUAUGUCGGUAAAAGGGUCAGGAUUGGCAGACUUACUGGAUCAGGCUUAAGUGUCAGUAGACUCUACUUGUUUUGCCUGUUUAUCAUUUUGUUCUUAAUAUUCACACUUACAAUCAUGUUCUGAUUAAGGAGUAGUAUUUCCCCCUGCAUGCGAGUAAUUUAGCCUACAGGGAACAAUAGCUGUUUUUCAAAGCUGGUGUGACUCACCUGAACUGGUUAUUUACUUUGCAAAUCAAUGAAAGAUGUGACAGAGACUAACUAACUUGUGUGACACUAGCAAAAUGUUAUCCUUGUUGACUAUAAAAGGAAUAUUCUUCUAGUCCAACUUUUUUAUUUGAGUUUGCGUGUUUCAAUUUGCUACAGCACUUUCAAGCAUUUUAAGUGGAGAAUUUCUAAGAAACGGCAGGAAAGUUGGAUCUAACCUGAUUUUAUUGCAUGUUCAGCGACUGGCCGGCAACAAACUACAUGCUGAGAUUUUGAAAAAGCAUUUUCACUGUUUACCAUAAAUACAAAUAAUGUAUUUGAAUAUUCCCCUAUGCUAUAUGAUGGAUAGUUAUGGAAGACUGCACAGAGGAUCCAUGUGUAUUUACACAUUUAAGGAACUCUUGUGUGUGAGCUUGUGUGGAAUUCUCAGGUAGUUCCAAGCUUCUCAUAGUCCAUUUAGUGAAACUUCCAUAUCAUUUAGUUCGGCAGGUUUGGUCUGUUUACGUAAUGAAAUUCAUACUGGCGUGGUGAUUAGGCUAUGGGGAUUUGAAUACAUUUGACUGUCACUUAUGCCUGUUCUCUGCAUGUCCUCACGAAUGAGUUUUGACUUGACUUUGUCCUAUCAUUGUCUUUUGAAUCUUCUUUACAGAGAAAACAAUUUGUAGAAAUCUGUAAUUGGAUAACAAAUGUUUUAUUUGUGGAAGGAAUAUCAAAUGUUGGAGCCACAAUUUGGAUUCUACUAAAUCAUUUUUCUGUCACCUUUAACAUAAGAUGUUAUGAAGAACUGUGGUAAGUCAGCUUGGAUCCCAUCUUAUUAUUUUGUUACUUAUUUUGUAUUAUUGUAUGUCAUUCUGUUCAAAUGUCUCACGGUCUCUUCUUAAAUCUAUGGUCGAGUUUGUCACGUCCUUACGCAAGGUGCCAAAUGGAAGGCUACCUGGCUCAAAGUGCAUCACAAGGAUUAUUUUUUUUACUCUACAUUUUUUGACCCAGUAGCAUGGAGUGAUGAAUUCUGAUGUGCAUUAUGUAUAUGUUUAAUUUAACGUAAAGCCUAAUUUAUCUAUACAGUAAGCUAAUGGAUAACACUUUGAACAUGAGAAUUUAGAGAAACUUUGUUAGUUCUGGGACGGUAUUUGCUAUGAGGUUAUUUACUGGAAUGUACAUUUGGAUAUGUGGGGUUUGCUUUGUAAAAGUUGUAUAAAUGCAAUUUUUUGUGUGUUUUAAAUCAUCUUGAAAACCUGAAUUUUUACUGAACCAAUGUUUAUAGAUUUUUAUUUAUGGUGUCUAGGUACAGAAAAGUAUACAUAAGUGCAACCAUGCACAGUGUUGUCUGCUUACGUUUAGUAAAUACUAUUUUUAAAUGUCUAAAAAAAUAAAUGCAUUGUGAAAUGAAUGUAUGAUUUAAUUUUCUUGAUAAAGGUGUGCUGUACAUUGAAUGUAAACAUUUAUUUGACUUUGGACAGGUGGGUGCUUACAUUGGUAAAGGAUGAUGGUGAGUCAUUACUAUUGUUGACAAUUCUAAUGAUGAUCAUCUGUUCAAUGCAUUGUUUUCAAUUGUUUAUUUGGACUAGUAUGAAUUUAAACUAAACGCUUCGGCUUAUCCAAUAGCCAACUGUAAUUCGUAACAUAUCACACUAACUGUAAUUCGCCUAGUUAAAUAAAAUAAUUUAAAAAACAAA